UUGUAUAUAUCUCAAAAAAAAAAAAAAAAAAAAAGUAGCAGCACGCUACUGUGUACCUAAGCAUAAUAAAGACAACUCAGUAGUUCACUGAUCUUGCCACCCUGUUCUCCCAUUGUAAUGUGCCUGUGAGACAAACUGUGUUGUCUCACAGGCAUGUGGGCUCGAUAGUGAUGAGCUCGGUCUGCCAGCUGGUGACCCUGUUCUCCCAUUGUAAUGUGCCUGUGAGACAAACUGUGUUGUCUCACAGGCAUGUGGGCUCGAUAGUGAUGAGCUCAAUCUGCCAGCUGGUGGUAGGUGGGGGGGAAAAUUGUUGAGAGAUGGUGGUCUUAUUUAUUUAAUGGAUACCUAUUUAUCAAACAAUCAUUUGCAGGAAGUAUUGGAUGUUUUGGGACAGUUGACACAUUAGGGUGGUUCAUCUCAGUAGUGGGUUGAUCUUUGAUCUCUUAUGUGCUCCUCUGACAUUGAGAGACAAGUCGAGGUGAAAUUCCACUUGAUCUCGGCUGGCUGAGCAGGGCCAACUGGUCUGUUACUUGUUUCUUUCUUAGUGUUAUACUGUAUUCCCUUUUGGGGUUGGUUCCUUCUUUUGAUAAUUAUAUAACUACUUGCCUUUUUCUUUUUGGUAAGUCUUGAGUUUAGUGUACCUAAAGUAUGAUUUUUACUUUCUUUGCAUUAGGGAUAGUUAAGGAGAUAUGCAGCUUGGGAAGUAAGCUUUAUAAGGAAAAGGGUAAUGCAUCUUCCACUUCUGCUUUCUUGUGAUACACUUGUAAAAACUAAGAAACCAUGGCCCAACUUGCACUGGAUUGGAAAGGACUCGAGGAAAGCUUAUUUAAUAUCACAGCAUGUAAUAGGUGAAGUGGAUCUUCUCACAGGAAAUGCCUCCAAGGUCCAGAAAAUUGGUUCCUUGAUUAAGACGGCAGCAGCAGUUAAUUACACAUACAAUGGAACAUAUGUGUAUGGUAUUUUGACCUCGGGGGACAUUUUCUUCUGGAACCAGAAAACAGAGUCUCUCACACAAGCACAGGGGAUUCCUGCCCUCGUUACCCACAUGCCCUCCGCAGCAAAUAAGGAUUCAGAUGAUGGUCCUCUGCAAGUAGUAAUGGAUUUUUUCAAGCUUCUAAGAACACAAAACCCUGAUACUUACGAAACCACACAAAAUGCUCAGUUGUCUCCCGGUUGUUCUGUUCCAUCUCACCACAAACCCAAACUUUUUGCGUCAUCAGACUGUUCAAUAGUUAUUGUAGUUUUGGGCGCCAGUCAGGUAUAUCUGUGGGAGAGAGAUUUGUCAAAACCUUUCAACAAAAGAAAUUCCAGCUUCAUUUCUGGCCAGUGGUCAGUUGUUGCAAGUUCUAGUGAUAUUCCACUGCCUACUCUCCAGUCAAGAGAAACUCAAGUAACAUCAUGCUUCUUGACUGAGGGACGUCUAGAAAAGCAGUGUCACACAACCUUCAGUUUUGUUGAUGACUCUUGCCUCAUCAUUACAACUUUAAUUUUGCAAUGGGGAGGCUUCGGGUGUGUGGUGUCAGAGGGCAGAGAAGCUUCAGCCUGUUGGAACUAUGUAUCCGUGUCCCAUCUGGCUAUUGGAAUGAAAGGCUCUGAAGUGCUACAAAGUGAAGGAACCUUAAUUUCUCAAUAUGCCCAUAGCCAAAGUCUCAUCUGUACUGGUGUGAAUUCUUCGCUGCAACAACGCUCUAAACUGGUUUACCUGCAUCCCAUGUGUAACACUGCAGUUGUAACUAAUGUUUGUGAUGCUGCUGCUCAACACGAUUUUCAUAAUUCAAAUGGUGAUAAGUUUCAUUGGGUGAGCAGUCUGGCCUGGUGUCGAGAUAACACCUAUGUAGUAGGAUGUCUGAGAUCUGGAGCCGUCUUCAUGGCCACAAGGAUGGGACCACUGGUAAAGAUCUCUUGCUCGGGAGAGAGCCUGCAGCUCCAGGCAGCAAUGAUACUACCUCUGUACCCAUAUUCUGACACUCUGAGGAGAGAAAGCAGCCAUGAAGAACAGUGUGUAAAUACAGAAAAUUACUCGCCUGCUAGUCCAGCUUUCUCUGUAUCUUGCCAUCCGGUAAAGGACCAGUUUCUUUUGUCGUCUGGUGUUCGAAUCUCAGUCUUAGUUCUUCCAGAAAAUGGAAGAAGAGAUGGUGAUGUUGUAGAUCAACUGUUAGCAGCUGCUAAUCAUGCUUUAUAUCUCUUACGUCACUCUUCCCUCACCCAUGACUAUGCCUACAUUCGCUGUAGCACUUGGAGAUUAGCUCGUUCAGUAGCAGAUUUGUCCCAGGAUGUCAACGGAUCAUUUGAGCCUGAUCAACCUAAGAUCAGCUUGUGGGGUAAGAACAGCCUCGUUCACAAAGAAUGCAAGACUCGACCGGAUAUUCCUUCUGAAGGGGAGAAGCUGAUUGAGGAAGCAAUGAAACCUCUCCUGGCAGCCUGGGCUUUGAUUGCCUCUCAUACAGGCCCACAAACACACGACUGGAGGAAGAGACCGAAACAUGUGGCUCGGCAGUUGGUGAAGCUCGUCAAUACACUGAUGCAAACAACCUUAAAUGAUGACUAUUCUCAACACCAAGCUCAGCUGUUGCAAAUGUUACAUGUAUUCCACCAUUUUGUAAGGGUGUUAGCAGUAUGGCCCAGGUCACUACAUAUGGUUAGACCUACAAUAUGGCUCACACAUCAGAUCAUUCAUAUAUUUCUCAGCUGUGAGAGACAUGCUGGUGAGAGUAGCAUGAUCAACACAAUUCUUAUUCUGACACAGACUCUUUCUUCUGUGGAAAGUACACUGACGCAGGUGUAUACAUUUAGACCUCUACUGAAAUUUGGCAGUCAUCUUAAGUAUAGCAAUGUUGAAGACGCUCCUGGGACAGAAGGGACAAAUAUUGAUGCAGUGUCUUGGAAGGUGGAUACAAGCAGCUGUCUCAGAAGUAACUCUGCAGUUUGUAUGAGGAUGAAGAAACUAUGGCUCUGUCUUCACAUAAAUUCCAUGAAGGUAUACAAUCGACUUAGAGAAAAAAAGAUGGAAACCAUGUGUUAUCAGAAAUCAAUAGCAGCAUUGAACAUAAUACAGAGCAGAUUACAGAAACUUGGACAUGACUUUAGCCAGAAAAAAAUAAAAAUAAAAGAAUAUAAUCGGCUCUUUCUAAAUGGGAUAUAUCUUGGUGCUGUAGAAAACUGGAAAUCUGAGAUUAUUAAAUAUAUAAGUUAUAAAAGGAAUAGAAAGACACUAUGUAAAUAUUUCCACUCUAUUUUCUACACAUAUUUACUUCAGAGAGAUUUCACUGGUAUCUCAAACUUUUUGUCUUGGUUAUGUAGUUUACUUAGUUCACAUUUAUUUGUAAUAAAACAAUGUAAACUUUCAGAUAACAUUAUGUCAUCAACUCCUAAACCAAAGAAAUCUGUAACCCAAACCUUGCCUCAGGAACUUCAAGUAUCACUAAUUGAUAGAGGAACAAUUAUGAUAAAUAGUCAGGGCACAACUGAUGAAGUAACUGGACCAUCCGCUGGCCAAAAACCUAAACGGUAUUCACAACAAAACUGCGAAUCAUCCAAUUCUACAAUGAAAAACAAAAUAACCAACAAGAAAGCCAAUCGGCCAAAUCUGGGUUUGAUCUGUGCUACUCGUCAGGUAAUCGGAAGCUUGGGUCGUAUCAUGGCAAAUGUGAUACUGCAGCGUGAGGUUCACAUCCCUUCACCUCACACUCCUCAUAUUGAAUCUUUCAAUUGGUUGGACAGUCCUAACUCAAAAGCAGAGAGUACAGGUGUGUCGGCAACCUUCAGCCCGCUGAUGAUGAAGGAUGCUAUCCAAAAAGCACAUUGGUCGUCAGAGACAGCUGCACAAGCUUUGGCAAUUGCUGGCUACUGGAGUGAUCUCUCGGCUUUUUCUCAAGAGCUGGGAGAUGCUAAAACAGCUCUACUCUCCAGCCUUAUUUCAGUUGUAACUGAAAAAAAUCGAAUUCCAGCAUCCAGCAGUUUGCACCCAUCGGCCCUGAUUGUCAACUAUGUAUUACACUGUGGGCCCAUGGAAGAGCUCAAGUCAUCAGUAUUUCACAGUUACCAAGAACUUCUUCAGCUGGCAGCUAUGACAUGUUUAGAUGUUAUACCAACUAUGCUAGAAGAAUGUCUUCAAAAAAUAGAAAAGGUCAUGCAGCAUCUUGAAGUGUUUGUGCCGUCGUAUGUGUACCUGCCAGCUCCACCUGUGUUUUGUCCUCAGGUGUCUUCUCAUAUGAGAGAAACACUCGAGUUAUCAGAUGAUGAUGUGCGAUGUGAUGAAAGGACUUUACGGAUGAAAAUAGCUGGCUGGGUUAGGGUGUUUUGCUCUGUCGUCAGUGCAGCCGGAAUAGCACAACCGUUACUCCAGGACGUGUGCUAUAAUUAUCAACCUUACUCCAAAGAGGUAUCAGACACAUAUAGAAAGGAGUUAGAUAUCCUGGUUGAAGCGCUGGGUAAUGUUGAAGCAGACAAGUCUCCCCAGGGCUCAGAGUGGUCAGGAAUCACUCGGCUGUGGCAAAAACUUCUAGGUCAACUUUGGAUUCUUCAUGUUCGAGACAAGUUGUCUUUGUGUGUACGAAAAUCUACUGUGAAUUCCUCAUCUAUAUAUAAGAAGAAAAGCAGUCAAGGAUCAUAUACAGCAGAAAUACUGACUUGGGUGCAAGUGCUCUACAAGCUGAUAGAUUCCAGUUCUUGGAGGGAUGAAUUAAUUGCUACUGCAUUAACAGCGGCUAGUAAUAGCCCGUCACUUCCGACAGUUGCCCUAGCUUUGGCCCACAUUAUUCCAAGUCCAUCCCAGUUACCUUCAUUGUUAAAAGAAAGAGCCAAUAGACUUUAUGAUCUCUGGAAGAUUACGAAUGUGGCUAGUCCUGAAGUCAAUAAUUCUCCUGAAGAGAAGAAAUCAGGGAGGCGUGAAUCUCUAAUUGAUACAUAUACUCAGUUAUACCAUAUAUAUGAGAAGGAGUGUUUGAAAGAAAUAGAGCGUGAUGCCAGCAGAAAAUGUAAGGAAGCUGCAUUAGGGAACACCACCACCUUUGAUCAGAGUGCAAAUGUUAUAGACAUGUCCUCUACUCCCCAAACAGCUGAAAGUGUGAGUGAAGAAUUUAGGAAAUUUGUGUUUCUUUUUGCCAGUAUGACCUUUGCACGGGAUGCUGAAAUGUUUCCACAGCAAUUAACACAGAUCCCUCAUCUUACCCAGUUCAGUGAUGUAAUAAAGAAGAGAGAGUUUCAAGGAAUGAAGAUUAAAACUCAGAUAUUUCAGAGUAAACAUGAAGAUUGUACAGAGCAUCUUCAACAAAAUAUUUUUGAUAAUAUAAAUUGCAGUGAUGUACUUAAUACAAGUGAUGGCAAAAGUUCCAUGGGGAAAAAGGGAUUCUUUCGGAACUUAGAUUAUACCAAGAUUUGGCAGGGAGACAGUCUGACAGUUGCUCAUUUACAUAAUCAUACAUUUGAUACAAAUGGUUUGAGACGUAAUCGUCCACAUCAUAAUUCGUUUAUUUUCCAGAAGAAUAAUUUAAUCAGUCAAAAUAAUCCAUGCCAUCAUACAACAAAAGGUGUAGACUCAUAUUUUAAGCAGGAAUGUUCUAUGCCAAAUAAACGUUUAAGCAAGUGGAAUACGGAGCGCAGAAGAAGCAAGUCAUAUUCGUCAAUGAGGAAGCAAGUCACACCUACUGUGUAUAACAGGAGAUGUCGGUCAGUUAGUGUAACUAAGUAUCAGAAGAAAAAUAUGUUCUUGAAGCUAAAUUCCACUGAUGUAGCCUCUUCCCAAGGGACAUGUUCAAAUCAAAACUCGCCAUUGAAUAAUCUUUUGUGUCUUCCUAAUUGCCAAACAUUUGGUGUGAAAUCUGAUCACUUGCAAGAAUUGAUUAAAUUAGUGAGUUGGAUGAUGAGCAGCGAAAGGAAAUUUUGCUUUCCUACCAUCACAGUCAAUACAGUCAAAAACUGUACUAAAAAGAAAGUUGAUCUCGGCCUUGAAGAUAUCAUUUUAGCCCUUGGUUGGGAAUGCUUAUAUUCAUCUAGUUUACAUAAUACACUUGAGAGCACUCCAAUGACACAUGGAAACAAGAAGGAACAAGCUGCAAAGACAAUGGAUACAGAGGUGCCAGCUGAGAGGAAUAAGGAACAGAAGACCAAUCAAUGUAAGCAAACAGCAUUCCAGGCCAGGUCUUCAUCCGAAGUGGUCGAUGGUGCUAAAGAAAUAGAUGUAGUGUUUGAGUGUGUUGCUUCAUCUAAUGGUGCUCAAGAGGAGGAACAUUCAGUAAGGGAAGUAGUCAAUAGGUCAUCAGAGAUAGAUACACUUCCUACAACCUUCAGUAUGGGUGUACAAGAAAUUGAAAAUUAUACAAAUGGAAGUCUGGGUGUCUUGACUACAACUGGACGUAAAGAUUUUGAGUAUAUGCAGAAAGAAGAAAUACAAAGUUCUUGUAACCUAAAUCCUACAAUUGAUACUGCAGCAAAUGAUCAGGAAGAUAAAUCUUCUUGUAUUUUAAAUCAAAUUAAACAUGGAAUUAAUGGCUUCUCAGCAGUGGAUGUUGAUGAUGAUGCUAUAAUUAAAGAAAAUGUGACAAGCAAUUCAUCGAGUGCACACAUUAAGAGUUGUGCAAAUAAAAUGGUUGCAGUGGAUGCCACUGUAGAUGAACAAGAUAAGAAAGCCUUGAACUCCAUGAAUCUUCAUAAGAUUGAGUAUAAUCUAGCACAGCCCUCAUCCUCCAGUAUUAAAACACACAGUCCUGCAGUAGAAAAAUCACAAAAUAUAAAAUUUGAGGGAAAAACUAAUGUAAAUGAUAUUGUUACCGAAGAUUGCUCCCACAGUCCUCAGAAUGCUGCCAGCUCUGGUAAUGUGAGUAUUGAGAAAGGAGUAAUAGAGGAAGAACACCAAGAUAUUGCCAUUAUUAAAACUGCUAGUAAAGUAUUGUGGCAAAAUAAGCCUGAAGCCUGUCAAGCAAGUCAUUCAGUAGAAGAAUUAGGAGAAACAAUUAUAACUACGGACAUCACUUCCAGCCAGUCAAAGAAAGAGUAUGAAAACCUGAGAAAGGAAACUAAUGUGGAUAAAAAGGGCAAAACUAAAGCUAGGAAUAAAGUCAAAGAAGUGUAUGAGCAAACUAAGCAGAAAAAUGGAGCCCAGAACUCCGGCUGUAAUAACAGUUCAAGACUAUUUACAGCCAAGCAUAAGAGUUUACAUAAGCUUCCUAAUGUAAUAAUUGAAGUGAAAGAGGCGGGAAAGUUGAGUCUUCAACAUAAAAUAUUACCAUCUAACUCCGAGAAAAAAAUAAGGCUCACCCCUAUUGAGACAGCUUCAGAAAUAUUUGAAAACAAAAAUAGUACAUCUCCAAAAUGGCUUUACAAGCCAUUUGCAACAAGUCAAGAAAGGAAAAGAUUAAGCAUAUCAGACCUCAGCUGUGAUGCUACAAGCACCUCUAAUUGCUCUAUUGGUCCACCUGUAGAUGAUACUCUAGAUGAUAUCACACUACCAGACUCAUUACACGCUUCAGAUCUUGAAGAUGAAUGUGAUUUUAGCAUUGCAAGCCAAAAUCGUAUUCAGGAAAAUAUAAUAAAAAGAAACAAGUUUGAGUUUUCUAAGAGACCUAUCACAGGAAAAGAUGAAGAUAAAUUUGGUGCAACACAUACUUUAAAAGAAAUAGUUAAGCCUAAGAAAGCAGAAUGGUGGAACAAAAAUGGCAUGAUAUUAAAACCAAUACCAACUCGACUCAAACCCAUUUCAACCAAUCUUGCAUACAAUUUGGGCGAGCAACAGUAUUGUGGUCAAGGAAAACCACAAACCUUUAUGGAAAAAGAUGGAAAAAUUAACAGAAAAGUGAAACUGUUAGUAUUACCCAAACAUUCUAUGGAUGAUGUAGCAUCUUCGACAAAACAUCCGCCAUUACUGCUAAAACGACUUCCAGCAGGGAAAAUAUUACAAGUAAACUCCAAGAAUAGUAAUGCCAUUUUGACUCUCCCAGGCAAAGGUUGCUCAGACUAUCCAGUGAACAUAAAAACUCAUAACCAUCAAAGAAACGGGACCAAGCAGUUACCACAACAACAAAUUACCAGUAAAAAUAUGAAACUAUUAACUUUACCUGUCUCUUCCUAUUCCCAACCAAGAGAAAAAACUGGUCCUAACUUUAAGUUCGUCGAUCCUAAACAGGUUUUCUCAUAUUAUAUGGCAAAUGUGAUUAAAGAUAAACACCAAAAAUUUAAAACUCUCAAAUUAAAUAAACCACAUAUAAGUCAAAACUUGGUUGAAAUUGAGGAAAAGGAAGUAUGUAGAAAACUUCCAUCUGGGAGUGAAGGAGAGGGGUUUGAAAAAUCAAAUGCUCAAGAUGAGAGUGUAGAUAAAGAUUUUAUUAAAAAGGCUAAAGAAUAUGCUGAUAAAUAUGAAACGAGUACAUUUACAAAUAUUUUGCCAAGUUUUAAUAAGAGAGAUGGAACACUGGACUCCAGAGAUCGAUAUGAACCUAUACAACGGGUGGAUACUGUUUCCCAAAGUCAUUGCCAGCUUUUCACAUGUAAUAAAGAGACACAGACUGUAUCACAAGUUCUCAGUGGGUUUCAGCAUGUUAAAGUCAAAGAUAAUAAAGAAAUAAUUUCCUGUGACAGUGAAGGAGUAGAUAUUCAAGGUAAUAUUGAGUUGGGAAGGAGAGAGAAUGGAACUGACGAAAAGGUAGGGUUAUCCUCAUCACCUGUGAGUCGGGGCUUGCCACGAGAGAAGUUACAAAAGGUAGAGUUAUCCUCAUCACCUGUGAGUUGGGGCUUACCACAAGAGAAGUUACAAAAGGUAGAGUUAUCCUCAUCACCUGUGAGUCAGGGAUCGCCACAUGAAAAGUUACAAAAUAAAUUAAUUGAAGAAAGAAUCAUCAAAGUUAAGGAUUCAUGGACUGAAAUGAGCACUAUUGACUUGGAUCAGACAACGCCUCUCAAAAGCUGUGAAGUACAGACUCAGACUCAAGUUGAAACCACAAAGGAUGCUUCAGUUUCAACUCAUAAUACUCCAUGUUUUUAUGAACAACCACCACAAGAUGAUCUUUCAUGUCACCCACUACCUCAGCAAUGGGUUCCUCAGGCUCACCUACUGCCAUCUCAUGAUAUUUCUUCCUCUCAUUACACACCGUUUCCUACAACUAGUGUAACUCAUGCUGUAGUGACUACGACCACAGAUCUCAACUAUUUCACUAAGUUAUCCCACGAGAUAGGCACACCUGGAGAGGUGGUUCGCAUAGCUGACAUUCCGCAGGAAGUUGCCCAAAGGCAGCUUGAAGAGAUUGGAGAUGAACUUUAUAAAACCAUUCAUAAUGACAAACCAGAUGUCCUGCCUAGUGCAUCUGAUGUUACUGAACAAAUUGUAGUCAUAAAUAACCCUGUGGAAAAUAGUACAAAUAACGAUGUUAAAGAUGAUGUCACUAAACGAUUGGAAACACUUCAUACUUUCUUAAUUAAUGAAUCGUCUGCAAAAGAUAAAUAUGAUGAUGUUUUCAAGCAUAACGAUACACAAGAUAGAGAAAAUAUCAUAUCAGAAGAAAUGAAGGCGGAGGAUGUGGUGUUUACUGACAGUCAAGCUGCACAAGGCAGCAGUGAAUAUCCAAAAAUUGAGUUGCCUCUAACGUGCACAAAAAGUUCACCGGAAGAUCUUUUUAAAGGUAAUAAUACAAUUACAAUGAAUGAGCUCUUUGAAGCAUUUUCUGAUGGAAGAAUAACACUUGAAGAUGUAUACAAAAUGAGUUACCAUAUCUCAGUGGAAGAUGGAAAGACAGGAAAGGAGGAACAAAUUUUGGAUUGUAAAGGUAAUAGCCAAGAUAUUGAAGAACUAGAGCAACAAGCUAUAGAAACUGCAUUGGGUCUUGAUGAAUCACGGAAUUUGCUAUCAAAAGUGAAUCAUCUCCUUCAGAUCUCGGAGAAUUUGGAGAAAGAAAGACUUAAGACUCGCAGAUAUCAAGCAUUAGAUGAAAACAUCCAGCAAUCUUCGUCUAAAAAUAAAAAAAAUUUGGCCCAUGAUAUUACAAGCAACGCAUUUGUAAAGCCUCUGAGAUGGCAAGAAAUGUUAUCUUCAUAUAAAAAAAGUGGAAACCCAGACAUGCUUUUGAACUUUUUUGAGACAGUAAACCUAGAGGAGGUAACAGAUGAAAUGAUUGAUGAGAUGAUAAUGUGUGAAGAAAUGUGUACAACAAAACAUUCUCAAGACACUUCGAGUCCUUUUUCAAAAUCUUAUCUUAAGACAAAGUCCCUUGAGAAUAAUGGAAGUUCAAAAUUUAAAGGACAUUCAAAGACAGAUUGCGAAGGUUUUUUAAAUAAAAAAGAUAUCGAAAUGAAUGGAAUGACAGACAUUCAAGAAGUAGUUGAUGGAAGAAUAGCUGGAAGGAUUUCAAGAGCUGACUGGGUUGAAAGAGAGGAUAAAAUGAAUGAGCAAGAGACAGGGAUGGAUUCACCUAAAUUUCAUCUUGAUCUAACAAACCUUGGAUCAUGGUCAAGCAACCCGCCCACUUGUGCACCUGAGCAGUGCUCAACUAGUCACGAUGCUUCACCUGAGCAGUGCUCAACUAGUCAUGAUGCUUCACCUGAGCCGUGCUCAACAAGACACGAUGCUUCACCUUCACACACAGACACAAACAGGCAGCAGAGAAGAGCUGAAGUUCGUGCAUGGAUGAAGAAACAGCGAGAAAGGCGAUCGGCGGAAGCUCAAGCUAUGAGCCGAAACACCAUCAGCAAUACACAGUUGAACACUUACAAGAACUCUACUUCUUCUAAGAAACAAGCAAAAAUGGUAAUGAAUAAUUUGCCUGCCAUAAAAAUGGAGAACCAAGGACUUUGUGGAAAGCAGUUGCGUGAGCGAAGUCGAGAGAGAGAAGACCAGCGUGCACAUCUUCGAGAACAUCACCAAAGAAAGCGAGAGGAAGAUGUGGCUAAACUUCUUGUUGAUCAUGAGGAAGAAUUAGUAACACACAGAGAUCUCCUUAUCAAGAAACUACCAAAUGAUUCUCCACGUAUUUCUAGUGCUAGUAAUAGCACGAAUGAAAGUCAUCAUAACUUAAGAUUGCACGGAACAUCUGCUGAUAUUAGAACUGCCAUACAUUCUCAAAAAAAAUGUGUAGAUAGACUGAAGUCCAGUUGUAAACUUAAGUCACAUAAUAGAAGCAGAAGAGAUUCUUUACCAGCAGGAAAGAGCUUGCCUAGAUGCUUAGAUCGAAGAAGAAAAGAGGAACAAAUCUCAUUGACGACAAAUGAUGGAAGCUCCUUAACCAUUUCACCUGUUAGUCGUAAGGUUCCAGCAGAUAAAAAUAAUGUUAAUUUAUUACAUAAGCUAAACAUUGCAAAUAUUAGUAGUGUUCAAACUGAGCUGGAUAAUUUGAUAAAGUGCUUGGGUCCUGUUGAAAAAAAAAAAUCAUUGUCAUUUCAUAGAGAAUCUAGUAAGUCAUCAUCGUGUUCAUUACAAAUGAAAAGUGAACGCACUAAAAGAAAUGAAAACAGUGAAAAUAAACAAAAAACAGUCAAUGUACCUGAACAAUCAUUAGAUAGGAAACAUACAUUUAAAUCCAACUCAGAUAUAUUUCAUCAAAUAAAUACCACUUUUCCACUGUCACUAGACCGCAUUUCUGAGGUGGACUCGGACACCUCGGCAGCUUCAUCACUGGCUGGCCCAGGAAGCAGGAGAGAGGAAUCCCUACCAGCGGGAUUUGAUGGUGAUUACGGUAAACAUGAAACUAGUUCUGAAUCAUCAUGGACCGUCCCCAGUGAUGUGAAGAAAUUGUUAUAUGGCUAAAUUUGGGAGGGAACAUUUCUGGUCAUGUGAUUCAUCAAUGAUAAAUGCAUUUUGAAUUAUGUUAAUGAUAGAGUUUUUUUCAUUCAGGCUGUGUUCAAAGUUUACACUUAUGACCUGCAGUCCUUCAUCACAUCAUUAGGUAUAUCAUAUUCUCAUAUUUAUAAAAUAGUUUCUUUCAAUUGCCUGUGGAUAUAUGCCGCUAUUUAUGGUAAGUUUCCUAUAUUAUAUUUUUAGAAAAGAUGAUAAUUUUAGAUAAAUUUUCUUUUGAAGAAAAUGAUGUAUGGCAAGAGAUUAUCAAACUAUGACCACAACAAUAGAUACCUGACUUGAAGCUUUAAGAUUAAAAGGAAAUGUUUGUCAUGUUA